AUGAAUUCGUUUAAUCAUAUGAGGGUGUUGCCUCCCGGGUUGGCCCGGACUGAUGCCGUGGGAAACUCACCAGACUCCCAAGGGCAUGGGCCCGAUAAUUCUCCGAGCAGCAGCACCUACAACACAAUACCUAUCCCUCCUUUUCCCGAGGAAGCUACAGAGCUGAUUAGAGUAUCUAAGGAACAGUCAACUUUGUCGUUGUCCCCUGCCAAACCUGACGCUGCGAGAACAACCGGACCCCAAAAGUCGACCAGCGCUGUGGCCGGUCGCCCGACUCUCUUCUGGGUCCAUGCGAGUCCAAAAUCUAUUUCAGAUGGCACCAGGCCCGAGGACCUGAAACGUAUCCGAUCCCAUGUGAUGUCCGAGCAUAAUCGGAAGAAAAGGCUAUCUAGCACUGAAUUACAUAAACGUCGAUCAUGGAAACGUGUAGCCUCCCAACCCCCAGAGACCGAUCGCGAAUAUGCGGAGGGCCCGGUCUGGCCCAAAGCUGAACUUGCAGCUCAAGCAUCUGUGCCGCAGCGCUCGACUGACAGUCAGGGCCAGGAAGAUGAAUUAAUUUGUUCAGUAUCGUCCCCCAUACCCCGGAGCCUGGGAAUACAAUCGGCCAUAGAUCCGUUCAACACCUCUCAUACUCCUCUUACCGAUCGCAUGAUGCGACAUCUGCAGCAUUUUUUAGUUGAUCUUUCCCAAGACGGUGUGCCUUUCCAGAACCGACGGCUUGACACGAUCAAAAGGCAUUGGGGGGAAUUGAUUCAGAACAAUAAGGCCUGCCUUCAUGCAUGUAUCUGUGUUGCUUCCUCGGAUAUUGCUCUACGGACCAGUGAGCUGCCUCUCAAGAGUUCCAGCAAUAAACCAUUUAGCCCCCUGCUGCUCGACACAUUUCACCAUCGGGGAGAAACAAUCCGGCUGGUCAAUAGCGGUCUCUCAGACCCUCUCAGAGCAGCUAGUGAUGGCUUGAUUGCGUCUGUAUCCAUGUUGCUGACGAUCGAGAUUGCGACAGGUACACCCGCCUAUCUGAAGAUGCACCUAGCCGGACUACGUCAAAUGGUAGCACUGCGCAGGAGUUUCAUAGACGUUCCGUAUCCCGUACGAUAUCAGAUUUCAUGGACAGAUAUACGUGUAGCAUGCAUGGCCUAUACCAAACCAAUCUUUCCUCCGGUCCGCAAUACUCGUCCUCAAACGUACCCCAUCCUGCCUCCCACUGCUGAACUCGCCCUUCUCGCGUCGCCAUUAUUACAACUGUCACAAUUGACUGGCGCGUUGAUUGGGCCGCAACUAUCCAAGAUCAUCUUCGACCUGGUGCAGCUGACCUGGUACGCCGAGGCGAUCCGGGCCGCUGAUUACCAGAUCUACGAUGAACAGACCGAAGAUUAUUUCAAUGGCGAGGUCCUGUAUAUCGAAUACAUGCUCCUCAGCGAUCGAUAUACCGAAACCGGAAUUGUUAAGGAAGAUGCAUCGAUCGAGGGAUGCGUACGUCUCGUCUGCCUCCUCUUCCACAACAGCAGCAUUUGGGCUUUCUAUCCCGCCAAUGCCGGCAUCUUCCCACAGCCUAUCAUCGCCUUGCGCGCAGCCCUGGAAGAGACUCUGGCCACGGGAGCCUUUACCGCGCAUCCGGAUCUUCUGAUCUGGAUCCUGGUCAUGGGUGCUUGUAGUUGUAAUACUGCUCUCGCGCACGAACGCACGUUCUUUGUCCAGACCCUCGCGCGGAUGGUGCACCUGCAUGCCAUCACGUCCUGGAAGGACCUCCGCACCCGCCUCAUGCCGUUCUUCUAUCUCGAUCGAUGUUAUUUGGCUUCCUUGCAGCUUCUGUGGAAUGAGCUGCUGGUAGCGCUUGCAUAA